AACUGCCGCCGUCAGAACAACUUUUCCUCUUGAUUCCAGAUCUGUAUCGCUAUCGCUCGUGAAUCAGUUCCUCCUAAAAACAAAUGGCUCAAACAAUCUUACCUUUCAAAGUUGGAGACACUCUUGAAGUAAGAUCUUUUGAAGGGGGAUAUCGUGGAGCUUGGUUUCGAUGCCAGAUAUUAAACAUUUUCACGAAGGAGGAGAAUUUGUUCUACAGCUUGAAGUAUCUUGAUUACGAUGGGGAAGAGAUACAUCACACACAAGUCUAUCAAAGGUUUGAAGAUGAGGAAAAAGAGUGGCUGAUGGUUCGACCACCAUAUCCACCAGUUUAUUAUGAGCGCCAAGUCCGUAAAAUCGAGGCUGAUCAAGCACCUCUUGUUGUCGUUUAUGGCUCUUGGAAAGUAGGAGACUUGGUUGAUUGGGAGACAGAUGGCUGUUUCUGGUGUGCAACGGUUGUGGAAUUGCAGAGAAAUGCGUUACAGAUCGAGUUGUUGCCACCACCACUUGGUGAAGGAGAUACUUAUCCAGCUUUGCGUAAGGACGUGCGUCCAACUUUGGAUUGGUCACCUGAAGAUGGCUGGACACUGCCUUCGAUGGGUGGACACAAAAGUCAAAGUGUUAAGCUCGUGAAACGUGAGAAAGGAGUAGACCAUGUAACUCAAGAUGUUUGCCAAUCUGGAAAAGAGCAUGCACAGAUAGCCAAGAAGCAGAAGACAGAGAGAGCCAAGAAGCAGAAGAUAGAGAGAGACACACAGCUGAAGACAGAGAAAUCCAAGAAGCAGAAGACGGAGAGCGACACACAGCUGAAGACAGAGAGAGAUACACAGCAGAAGACAGAGAGAGAGACACAGCUGAAGACAGAGAGAGACACACAGCAGAAGACAGAGAGAGACAUGCAGCAAGUGAAAGGCAAUGGAGAGAUUCAACUAAAUAUCGACGAGUCGGAUUCAGUUGAAGCUGCAGUUUAUGACUUGGAAGAGCUUAUCGUUCGAAUUGAGUGGAUAAAAAAGAUGCUAAGCCCAGAUGUUGGAGAAGGUUCAACGUGGAAAUAUCAAGAUUACCGCCCAUCUUCCAAGGGAAUGUGAUAUCAUAAUGGUGUGAUAGGUUUAGCCGUUAGGAGUUGAGACUGCUAGUGAAGUUCGAUGAAGAAAGCGUGAGCAAAAUGGGAAAAGUAGAGUUUUGUGCAACACCAGAAAAGACUUAAUGAUAUGACGUAGGCUGUGUAUAUGUUUUUCCAAACGCCCUAGGAAUGCUAAUGACAAUUUUCAUCUUUGGAUUUUAGUUGGAAACGAUUGUAAUUAACCUUUUUAUUUGUUUAACGGAAGAAUGCACUCUUAUAAUUUUUUUUGAUUAACUAUAGAAAAGUUUAAAUUAAUCUCUAAAGAGAAGGUUGACAAAAAAAAAAAAAAUCUCUAAAGAGAAGUGUAGUUUACUGUUACACAUUUUUUUGGAUAUGUAAAAAGGUUGUACGCAAAGG